AUCUACCUGCUCUGCAGGGUUACUGUGUACCUUCCAUAACGCCUCCUUUUUUUUCCUUUAUAAAAAGUCUACUUAACUUAGCUGUUGGAGGAUAUCGAGAGGCAACCCACUUUCUUCCUGCAACUCUUUUCCACUCUUCAUCGAUCCCCUCCAGCUUCACCCAUGGCUGCGUUCUUCAGAUCCCUCCUUGCUCUCCUCCUCUCCUCCCUCUUCCUUUCCCACAUCCCAGGUGAGGUGUCAGGCACAACUAUAACCAUGUACAACAAGUGCAGCCACCCAGUAUGGCCAGGGAUCCAACCCGGCGCAGGAAAGCCCAUCUUAGCUCGCGGCGGCUUCAAGCUCCCGCAAAACAAGGCCUACACCCUCCACCUCCCCGCCCUCUGGUCCGGCCGCCUCUGGGGCCGCCACGGCUGCGCCUUCGACGCCACCGGCCGCGGCCGUUGCGCGACCGGAGACUGCGGUGGAUCACUCUUCUGCAACGGCAUCGGCGGCACACCGCCGGCCACCCUCGCCGAGAUCACCCUCGGAAACGACCAGGACUUCUACGAUGUCAGCCUGGUGGACGGUUACAACCUCGCCAUCUCCAUCACCCCCUCCAAAGGCUCCGGAAAAUGCAGCUACGCCGGGUGCGUCAGCGACCUCAACAUGAUGUGCCCGGUGGGUCUCCAGGUCCGGUCACACGAUAAAAAGAGCGUGGUGGCGUGCAAGAGUGCUUGCUUUGCUUUCAACUCUCCCCGUUACUGUUGUACCGGCAGCUUCGGAAGUCCUCAGGCGUGCAAGCCGACGGCGUAUUCAAGGAUUUUCAAGGCCGCUUGCCCCAAGGCAUACUCUUAUGCUUACGAUGAUCCCACCAGCAUCUCCACUUGCACCGGCGGAAACUAUUUGGUCACCUUCUGCCCUCACCGGCGCUAAACCAUCAGUAUUAUUAUUAUUAUUAUUAUUAUUACUAUUAUUAUUAUACUCCUAGAGUAUUUGUGGGUGAUGGGUCUUGUAGUUGUAUUGCAAUAUCAAAGCAAAAAGGCAGGGAUUCGGCGGAGAAGAGAAGGGCAUUUUGGUAAAUUGCUUUAGCACUUCUCUAUGAGCUGGAAAGCUCUCCCAUUUGGGGCUCCAACAUCAAUCAGCCGUCCUUGUCAUAAUGCAAACCUAGAGUAACUUUUAUUUCUACUGCGCAUAUCUUGAAGGAAGUCUUGAACACUUUUAAUAGAUAUAGAGGAUUCCUAUUUACCGUAUUA